GCUACGUCCCGUACGUAUGUCUUUGACCAAAAUUGAGAUCUAUCUCUUCUUUUACCCAGAAUCCGCGGAAUAAUAAUGUCAGUAUCGAAUUGAGAACGCGACCGCUCAAACGUCCCUCGAUUCUUUUCGCGUGACCUUCCGCAUAUAAUUUUUCGUUUAGAUUUUAAAAUAUAACGCGCCAGUACGAUUAAGAAUUUAAAUUUAUUCUAAAGUGGGGUUUUUUCCUGUGUAUAUGUAUGUGUUUUAGCGGGGCGCACCUUAAUCAUAACGGACCUCGAGAAAAUGAAUUAUGGUAUUAAGAAAUUAUAUUUAUUGAUCACGCUCAUCACAUACGCAAGAUCAAACUAUGUGCCAUGCCAAGAAAUCUCCUCAGAGCUACAAUUUCCGUGUGCGUGCACCCUGGGGCCAGUAGAAGAAGCCCUAGAUGGAAAUCCCGCUUUGUCCGUCGAUUGUGACGGCAUAGUGUUACCAUUGGAGACCCCCGUGAUACCUUAUGGGGCCCCAGUGGUGUCUUUCGUACAAAGACAUGUUGGACAUCAAUCGCUUCCUAGCCACAUUUUCACUUCCAGUCUACCCUUGAGAAAAGUCGACUUUUCUUAUAACUCGUUGCAUAAAUUGAACGAGAGGAUUUUGCAAAAUAUCCAGGGAACGUUAACGGAACUGCUGCUGGCAAAUAAUUUAUUGGGGGACACCUUGAACCCGAUAUUUUCCACGAGCGAGUUUAGAGGGUUGAAAAAUUUGAGUUUGCUCGAUUUGAGCGGGAACGGGAUAAGGGCCAUUGAGGAGGGCAUUUUUGAGGGAUGCGAUAACCUUAAGGAACUGUAUUUGGAUAAUAACGAUUUGGGGAUUAUUCCUAAUUCGUCCCUAAACGGCCCAGGCUCCUUAAAGUUAAUCUCUCUUCAAAACAACAAUAUCGAGAGUUUAAAAACUGGAUGUUUUAACUCGCAACCCCACCUAGAGACCCUCAUUUUAACAAACAAUUUGAUAUCCACUAUAGAAAGCGGUUCAUUUUCCAAUUUAAAAAGGAUCAAAACCAUUAAGUUGGCCCAUAAUCGACUCUCAAAGUUCAACAGUGACGUUUUUAUUGGGGCGGAAUCGUUGACUUAUUUGGAUUUGUCGGAGAAUUUUAUGCCGGAAUUCCCUUCGGUUGCCCUUAAGGUUUUCGAGGGUCUACGAUACUUGAAUUUGUCAUCUAAUUUGAUCGGGGGUCUGGAUAAUAAAAAUCUGGCCUUUUUAUCAUCCCUUUACGAGCUGGAUUUGAGUAGGAAUAGCCUGACUAAUAUUGUGCCAGGUACUUUCUUGGGCUUGAGGAAUCUGAAGAAACUUGACAUCAGUGUAAAUUCUUUGAGGACGGUAGAGGACGAUGCCUUCGAGGGUCUGGAUAGCCUGGAACACCUCAACCUAAAAGACAACAACAUCCUCCUAAUUCCGGCUUCAGCUUUGGGACGAUUGCCUCGCCUCACCUCGUUGCAGCUGGAUUACAAUCGCAUCGCUGCGCUAUCCAGCGACAUUUUACACUCGAUCGCUGAUAAAGUGCAGAAAUUCGUUUUGUCUACGAACGUGGUGCGCGAAUUGCCAGGGGGAACUUUCCAGUUUUUCACUCGUCUGGAUCGGGUCGAUUUGAGGAGGAACUGGAUCACCAGUUUGAGUAGCGACGCUUUUCUAGGGCUGGAAAACAGUUUGUUACAGUUGGAUUUGGGGGAGAAUCGGAUAAUGACGUUGCCGCAGCCCCCUAUUAGCUUGAAAGUUCUGGAGAGUCUGGAUUUGAGUAGUAACCAUUUGACGGAUUUGCCGGUGGGAUCAAUGCAGUUUUUGCCAGCAUUAAAACGUCUGAACUUGAGCGAUAACGUGCAUCUGACUAAAGUUCCUGGAGAGCUUUUAAGGGAAUCAUCCAAACUGGAAAUCGUGGAUCUCAGCCGAUGCGGUCUCAGUACCUUACCACCUGAUCUCUUUCUCACCACAACAGCCCUCAAGCAGAUCCACCUCAGAAGCAACAAUCUGACUGAAAUCCUGGAAAACACCUUCGUGAACAUGCCCAACCUGACCAUCUUGGAUUUAUCCUACAACAACAUCGGGACAAUCAAACCACACUCAUUCGCCUUUAUAAUGAACAUUAAACAACUGAACCUCAAAGGGAACCAGUUGAGCUCCUUUAAAGGCGAAUAUUUCAACACGGGCACUAGCCUGGAAAUCCUGGACAUAUCCGACAACCAGUUGAGUUAUCUGUUUCCCUCAUCCUUCAAAAUCCACCCGAGACUAAAACGAAUCAUCGCCAAAGGAAACAAGUUUAAUUUCUUCCCUGCGGAGCUGAUCAGCAAUCUACAGUUUCUGGAGGUGGUCGAUUUGAGUUUCAAUCAGUUGAAGAACGUUGAUGAGCUGGAUUAUGCACGGUUGCCACGUUUGCACACUUUAUUGCUUAGUCACAAUGAGUUAGAAGGAGUGAGCGAGAUGGCUUUUCAUAAUAGCACACAACUACAGAUUUUGGAUCUCAGUUACAAUAAGUUGGAGCGUCUUGGUGAGCGCACUUUCGAAAGCCUGCUAAGACUAAAGCUGCUCAAUUUGGAGGGAAACCUCCUCGCUGAUCUGCCGGACAACAUUUUCGAACGAAUCCGCCUGCAAAUGCUCGAAAACAUCAACUUAUCCAGGAACAGAUUCACCAUUCCCCCCUUGAAAUCCUUACAGAGGCAGUACUUCUUCCUAAACACCCUUGAUCUGUCUUUUAACGGGAUCGAAGAGGUGCCAAAAGAGGAUCAGAUGAUGGUGAACAUUAAGCAGCUGGAUCUGUCUUAUAAUCCCUUAACGCCCAAAGCCGUUUCCAACAUUUUUAACGAACCAAAGACUGUAAGGAGCUUGAAUUUGGCUGGAACCGGGAUCGCUUUUCUUCCUCGCCUGGAAACCCCCUUUUUAAAACGGCUGAACUUGACAAGUAAUAAUAUCUCGAGGAUAAGUGAGGACGCGUUCGAACGCACCACUCUACUGGAAAGUCUGGAUUUGUCCAAUAAUUCCAUUGGGGGGAACAUGCCUUGGCAACAUUUGAAGAAUUUGCGAGUGCUGAACUUGUCUUUGAACCCCAUUGAGGCUAUUGAGCAUGACGAUUUUUAUGGAUUGAGUAAAUUGAGGUAUCUCAGCAUUCACUCUCUGGAUAAAUGCACCAAAAUCGAGAAAAGCGCCUUCAAAUCGGUCCCGAAUUUAUCCCACCUGGAAGCCUACGGAUACCCCAAGGUGGGCUACCUGGAUCUGGACGGAGUGCUUCAGAAUGUGCCGCUCCUGGAAACGGUGAACAUCGAAACGAAAGACGCCGCCAUAGGCAAGGACCAGUUGCAUUCCAUGUUACACCCGCGGUUACGGGAACUCACCGUCAGAGGGCUGAGGUUGAAGAGCAUUUCUUCGGGAACCUUAUCGGGAUUAAAAGCUCCGGAGAUCUUAAUAAGGUUUGUGAACACCUCCCUCACCUCCUUACCGCCCGCGCUCUUUUUCCCGAUGCCCAGAUCCUCCAAGACCACCUUGGACUUGUCGGAUAACCAGUUGACCACUUUGUCAGUGCAGUUUUUGACCACUUUGGAGGACAGACGGGGCGAUUUGAAGAUUCUCGGCUUAGAAACGAACCCGAUUAUUUGCGAUUGUAAUUCGAGGGCUUUGAGGAGGUGGCUACCCAGUCACAUGGUCAUGAUUCGCUGUUCUGGACCGUCUUAUUUUGAAGGUAAACUCCUGUCGGAAAUCGGCGAUGACGAAUUGACUUGCGACCCAAAAAAAAUCACAAGAUUCACCACGGAACCCUCCUCGACCUCCCACGUGACCAGACCGAAAAAGAAAUCGACGGAACCCGACAUUAUUUGGUCAAUGCCGCCCGUCACCGAAAAAUCCCAAGUGAUCACAAAAACCGCCUCGAUUGGAGGCGGCAACGCCGGGGGCAAUUCCCAUCAACCCUUCAAUAACGACGACACCCUCAUUAUAGGAAUCGUGGGCGGCGUGGUGGCCUUCAUAGCCAUCCUCAUCAUCGUUAUUUGCAUCAUCAGGUUUAAAAUGAGCAGCAAUCAGUACAGGGGUGGGGCGGUUACUUCCGGUUCGAUUGUCGCCCCCGGUCACAUGAUCGGGUCCGGAAGUAGUUGCGCCUGUAGCGUGAAGGGGGCGCCGCCGUUGUACGCGGUGCCGCGCAGUUAUACCGCGACGUUGCCGCAUAGUAAAAUGACCACACAAGUGCCGAUGCGAAUGCCCCCCACUGCAGCCUAUUCGACUAUGGGCAGGGAUCCUUAUAACGUACAACCGUACUUUAUCGCCGCUUAUCCAGGCGAUGAAAAAAUGUAUCAUCAAUAAUAAUAUUUAAUUAUUUUUUACUCCGGCCCUGGUGGCAGUUUGACAUGCAAGCGAUAGUUUACAGGUCAAAGUGACACGUUAUCGCCAGGGGCGGAGUGGGAGGUAAUCUCUGUUGGACCAUAUUGGUCCUAUAAAAAUGUUUGGGGGUUCUCGGGUAUAUAUGUUAUAAGCUAAUAAUUAGUUUAGUAGAAAAUUUUGUACAUAUUUUUUUAUAUAUUAUGUAAUUAAAAUGGAAAUAAAUAUAAAAUAUAUAAUUAACGUUUAAA